AUGGCAUACAAGGCUCUGUGUCUUGGGUUGAUGUGUAGUCUCUUUGUUUAUCAAAUUUAUACACCUAUACCGGAAGACAUUGAAGAACCCUGGAAAGUAACCAUGCUGAAUGUUCUCGUGAGAACUACUGAACUUACGGGGACAUUACUUGAAAAGAUAGGUCUUAUGAAAUCUGAAGAAUUAUUUUCCAGGGCAGCACAAGCCUAUUUCACAAAACCAAUUUCAGAUGAAAAUGUUACAGUAAUUGACACAGCCUUUAAUGGCAUUCCAGUACGUUUGUAUUUGCCAAAAAAGAAGUCAGAAAGAAAGAGACCAGCUGUAAUUUUUAUUCAUGGUGGUGCUUUUGUCUUGGGAAGUUGCAAACAUAUGGCUUAUGACAUUGUGCAUAGACAGAUGGUAAACCAACUUGGUGCUGUUGUCCUAGGAGUGGACUAUAGACUAGCUCCUGAAUACCAAUACCCCAUUCCUUUAGAAGAUAGCAUUUCUGUGACCAGGUUCUUUCUACAAGAUAAAAUUCUCGCAAAAUAUGAAGUGGAUCCAACUCGAAUCUGUAUUUCAGGCGACAGCUCUGGGGGUAUGUUUACGGCAAUAGUGACUCAAGUGUUGAAGGAUGAUCCAGAAUUCAAAAAUAAAAUUAAGGCACAAGUUUUAAUUUACCCUAGCUUACAAUCAGUUGAUCUUUCCAUGCCAUCUUACCAAGAGAAUGAAUAUGGUUUGAUUCUGACAAAAGAAAUGGCAGUGAAAUACGCAUGCCUAUAUAUAACUAAUGAUGAAGCUCUGCUCCAGGCAGCGAGAAAAAACCAGCAUAUGCCUCAGGGAUCAAGACAUCUGUUCAAGUUUGUUAACUGGAGUACCCUUCUUCCUGAGAAAUAUAGAAAGAACCAUGUUUAUAAAGAGCCAGUUCUCGGAAAACUUAACUCAUUUCCAGGACUUUUGGAUACUAGGUUGUCACCUUUGAUAGCCAAUGACUCCCAGCUACAAAAUUUGCCAUUGACUUAUAUCAUCACCUGUGGACAUGAUGUCCUAAGAGAUGAUGGACUUAUAUAUGUCACACGACUUCGGAGUGUUGGCGUUAAAGUUGUUCAUGAGCAUAUGGAAAAUGCCUUCCAUGGAGCCCUAUCAUUCAUCACACCACCAUUUUAUUUACAUUUAGGCUUUAAAAUGAAAGAUAUGUAUAUCAAUUGGUUAGAAAAAAAUCUAUAA